ACUUUUUCCUCAUCUCAUUCAAAUAACCUAGACGACGAUCGUUGAGCAGAAUUGUUGAUAGAGUUGCAAGAAAACCUUUUCUUGUGAUAAAAUGCUGUUUAAAGCCGUCUUUAUCGUGGUGAUAAUCGCCAUGUUUUGGGGUGUUGACGGCAGAGAUGACGAGCACAGCGGUGUGGUAAAACGAGGCACCUUGAACAAGACAAACCAAGACUUACAGGCACUGAGCGAUGUUGUGAAAGCUUUGAAAGAAAGGAUGAAGAUUCUGGAGACGCGACAAGGAUGUUGUAAGGACGGAGCACCGGGUAAACCAGGAAAAGAUGGUCGUGAUGGUAUACCAGGAAAAGAUGGCGUCGGUUUACCAGGACGAGAUGGUCGUGAUGGCCACCAUGGCGCCCCAGGACCACGAGGAAGUCCUGGUUUGCAAGGUCCUCGUGGUGGUCAGGGACUAAGGGGACUUCCUGGUCCUAAAAGUGGUGGUGUUCAGUACACACGCUGGGGAAGGACCUCGUGUCCUUCUGGUGCUAAACUCGUCUACAAAGGUCGUGUAGGGGGAGAGCACUAYAACCAUCGAGGCGGRGGCUCCAAGUAUGUAUGCCUGACAGAGUCCCCCAAGUACGCGAGCUACAACGAUGCUCGUCAAAGGUGGUCAGCCUACAUGUAUGGUGCAGAGUACCAAACUAAAGAAAGCUACAAUCCAUUUUCACCCAAUCCUCACGAUCACGACGUCCCUUGUGCUGURUGCUUUGUUCCAAACCGYAAYGCCAAACUGAUGAUCCCGGCAACAUACGAGUGUCCCKCGGGAUGGUCCAAAGAGUACUGGGGAUAUCUUAUGGCAGAGCAUCAUACUCACCAAAAUCAGAAAGGUUUCAUUUGCGUUGACAAAGAUCCAGAAGUCGUCAAAGGUUCGGUUCACAGCCACAAUGGUGCUAUGUUAUACACCGUUGAAGGAAGAUGUGGCUCUCUGCCUUGUCUUCCUUACGUGGAAGGACGGGAACUGACAUGCGUAGUGUGUACCAAGUAAAAUUGGAGCAUGCGCAAAAUGUAUCAAGUGUUACGGUCACAUGAGCAAUAAUAUUCUUUAUGAUCUCUAUAACUCUCAUUGAAAUAAAACAAAAUAUGUAGUAAAGUGCAUAGUAAAAUAAAGCUKAUU